UUGUUAUGCCAAUGCUGUCCUUCAAUGUCUAACCUGCACAAAGCCGCUGAUAAUCUUCUUGCUUCGUAGAUCACAUUCAAGAGCCUGUUGGGGGAAAGAUUGGUGUCUUAUGUGUGAACUUGAGAAACUUGUGAUGAUGUUAGGAGAAUGUGGUGGCCCUCUAUCUCCUAGUAGAAUACUUUUGCAAAUGCAGAAUAUUAAUUGCCAGAUUGGUGGUGGAAGUCAGGAAGAUGUACAUUGAGUUUUUAAGGCUUCUGGUUGCAUCAAUGCAGUCUAUAUGUUUGGAAGGACUAGGUGUUGAGGACAAGGUCAAUCCCAUAUUGCAAGAAGCAACUUUUAUACUACAUGCUUUUGGUGGGCGUCUUAGGUCAAAGUUCAAAUAUCUGAGAUGUCAUCAUGAGUCAGAACGAUAUGAAAAUAUGAUGGAUCUUACACUAGAGAUAUUUGGCUGGGUUGAGUCACUAGAAGAUGCAUUGACUCAGUUUACAACCCCUGAAGAAUUGGAUGGAGAAAACAUGUGUACAACAUUUGUCCGAGCUACAAAGCAAUUGAGUAUACACGAGGCACCAAAUAUUCUGACAAUUGUUUUGAAGCGCUUCCAGGUAGCACUUGCAUAUUUGACUUUGACCAAACGAGGUCUUCUAUGAUAUACUUUCUAUUUCAGUCUGAAUGCCAUCUACCUGCUAAAGAACCUUGCUGCAUGCAUUUUCAUGAACUUCUAACUCUUAGUUUUGAACAUUGAUUGGUUUUACGAGUUGAUUUGUAAUCAUACAACUGACUGAUACAAGGUGCUCCUAAUCUCAUUUGAGUUUUACAUACAGUGAAAAGGAAAGAACUUAGCUUUGUAGGUAGCAACUUGCUGUUGUUUUGAUCUGCACAAAUUACAACUUGAGAUGCAAUUCUAAUAACAAAUGUGUUUAUUUUAAACUCAUCUCGGUUGAUCUUAGACUUUAUAUAGUUCUUGGUAUAUGUACUUCUUAGUUUCUUUUUGGGUAGAUAAGACUUAAUGCUUCAUUGUCAGACUUUUUUAGCGCUUUGAU